UGGAAAUUAAAGAAAAUAUUAGCAUGGAACUGUGCUUCUUCAGCGAUUGUUUCACUUUAUUCUACCUUUCAUUUAUUAUUAUUUUUUGUUAGUUAUCAUUACCAUUUGGUGUUCACAAGAGAAAGAAGAUUACGGGAAAUGGGUCUCAGUUCGUUAAUUUUGUAAACCAGGUGACUCAACAUAAAUGCUAGUCAGAGUUUCUCUGGCAGAAUGAUGAUAAGUUAAUUUUCGUGUUAUUGUGGGGAUAUUAAUUUUCCUAAAAGCAGUCAAAGUGUUCUGCAAGGAGCAAUGGAUGAUUUUGAGUACGACUCUUAUCUCCUUUCUUUGAUAAUUGUGGACUUCCUUUUAGCGACACUUACCGUUUUCGGAAAUCUACUUCUACUCACUACUAUCAAAUCCGAUCCUGUGAGAUGUCUUCGUACACCCGCCACGUAUUUAAUCGCGAACUUAUCUCUAAGUGACUUAUUUGUCGGUCUUAUUAUUGGUUAUGGCCGUGUCUUGGUGGGAUAUUUCAUGUAUAAUAACGAGGCUCAGCCUUCAUGGAUUAACUUAGUCAUAAACGUCGGAGGAGGAGCAUCUAUUAUCAACGGCAUAUGGACGGUUAUUGCGAUGGCGCUUGACCGUUACACAGCAGUUACCGAUCCGUUUCAUUACAGCGAGAGAAUAACAGAACGAAAGGUCCUAGCAUACAUCUUUGUUAGCUGGGGAAUUGCCACGGCGCUGACGGCGUUCUACCCAUUUGCAGGAAAAGCCUGGGCAAUCAUUUUAUUAGUGUUCUCUCAUACUCAUUUCACAAUUCCCGUGUUUGUCAUGCUGGUUGUUUAUUGUGGAAUUUUUUGCUCACUCUCCGCAAGAAGGAACGAACUCCUGCGCUUAGUAACUUCGCUCUCCACGAUGACUCUACGACAUGCCCUUGAGAGAGAGCGAAAAAUGGCUUUGACCUCGUUUGCCAUCUUGAUGUUGUUCUGUACUUCUUUCGUGCCCUUUUAUACUAAAAUUCAGCUGUUAAAUUUCUGUAGUUGUCGAGAAACUAUGGCCUACCGAAGGUUUGACUUGAUAAGUCACACUUUUCUUUACGUAUCUUCGAUUGCAAAUCCUUUUAUGUAUGCUUGGCGGGUGCCAAAAUUUCGACGAUCAUUACAAGAGUGCCUUCACAUUAAGAAAAGAAAUAUUGUGCGCCCCAUAAACAUCAACUAAGAGGGGAAAAAUUGUAAAUAAAAGGACAAGGAUAUCAAUUUCAGCAAUUUUGCCACCACUGUGUCGAAAAGCACCAGCAGUAGCAACUUAACUCAGCCAAUAAGCAUUUCAUAUAAAAACUACUCGUAAAGUGCUAGUUCAGCCCGCAUCUCGGGAACCAUAC